AUGUGUCAUCGCCCUAACUGUGCCAAUGGAAUGAUGAAUUCUAUUAAUAUUUUAUUGACGUUUCUCGAAAUUUUGCAUGUUAUCAUCCAAGCUGUUAAUCAUUACAUAUUUUCAACAACAGAAAAAAACAUUCGUAAUGAAAUCGUUCUCAUAACUGGGUCCGGUCGAGGAUUAGGUCAACAAGUAGCGGUUCUAUUUGCUCGACGCGGCGCUAUUGUUGUUCUUUGCGAUAGUGAUGAAAUUGGUAAUUCAGAGACUCUGAAACUGAUAUCAGAGUUAAAUACUGAACAACGCGUUUAUUCUUAUACAUGUGAUAUUGGAAAUCGAACGGAAGUUCGACAAUUAGUUGAAAGAAUUCAAAGUGAAGUUGGAAAUAUUACGAUGCUUGUCAAUAAUGCGACAGUGUUGACUUCAAACUCGAUCUUGGACAUGUCCGAAGAUGAAUUUGCACGAUGUUUAAAUGCAAAUUUGUUUGCAUCAUACUGGUUGAUUCGUCAAAUUCUUCCAUCGAUGAUGCGACGUAAUCAUGGACAUAUAGUAACCAUGCUUGGUGCAACAGCUGUAUUUGGUCUAGGCAACUUUUCGGCUGUAUGUACGGCGAAAUCGGGUCUUGUUGGUCUCAUGGAAAGUGUUGACCAUGAAUUGACCUUAGGUGGUUAUGAUGGUAUUUAUACAACAGCAGCUGUUUCACAUUAUUUAACUACACAUCUAUUUCAAUUAUCGAAAACUUGCUUCAGUCCAGUUGUUCCACCUCUGACACUUGAUUAUGCAGCGAAGAAAAUCAUGCAUGCUAUUUUGAUCAAUCGAAAAUUUGUGUGUGUGCCACGUUUGUACUAUCUGAUUCCAUUUGUGAAAGGAAUUCUACCCGCACGUGCAUUUAUGAUUCUUCUGAACACAUUAGUCAAUCCAAAAGUACCGAUGUACACUGAACAGGAAUCUAUUGUCAAUGGACGAAAUUCCAGAUCAGGCUCUCAACACAUACCACGAAAACGUAGCUAUAUGAGUGCUUGUCAAUAG